AUGCUUUGGAGGUGUCAGCAGCGGCUGUGGUGCUGGCUGGGUGCAUGGUACUCCCCAAGUUGUGGUCGGCAGGAGCAAGGACAAGAUACUUCAAACAUCAUUGAAAUGACAGAGACUUCCCUUGGGAUCCCUAGUCCCAGUGAGAUUUCAGCUGAAGUCAAGAUGCUGAAGGGAAAGGACAUUAUUAGUGGGGGUUUAGAUGCCUUCGAAUUCAUUGUGAAGAAGACAAUAGAUGUAAUAGCAGAAGGGGAUCCUGUAUUUAAAAUGACCAAGGAUCUGAUGAACUGGAAUUCUACACUGUCUCAGGUUUUACAAGAGGCAAAGGAGAAAGAAGAGCUCAUGACCUCCAAUGAGGUAGCCAUGGAAACAGAUAAGAAAUCUCAUAGUGGGCUACCCUUUGAUGAACUUCAAGAACAUCUAAAAGUUCUGGAGAUGCUUUUGCAAGAAAGUGAAAUAAAGGUGAAAUCUGUCCUUAAUUCUCUGAGUGGAGAAGAAUUAGAGGCUAUAAUACUUGAAUUAGAACAACUCAAAGACUCAUUUUCCCUAGCAGAAUUUUGUGAGGAAGAGGAAGAAAAGAAGAAAGGAGAUGAGAAUUUUUCUGAAGGGAUAACAGAGCUGUUUUCCCAGUUGUACAUCUCCUGCAAACCAGACAAACUUGCCAGGGUAGGUUAUUACUUCUUGGUGAUUUUGAUUCAUUUAUUUGUGACACUUCAGUGA